CCAUUAUUUCCCACCGUGCCUUGCUGCAGAACCGCUCCGAGGAGCCCGUGAAGUGGCAAAAUGGCAGACGUGUUGGACCUUCAUGAGGCCGGAGGCGAGGACUUCGCCAUGGACGAGGAUGGGGACGAGAGUAUUCACAAACUGAAGGAGAAGGCCAAGAAACGCAAGGGUCGCGGCUUCGGCUCAGAGGAAGGGUCCCGGGCCCGAAUGCGGGAGGAUUAUGACAGUGUGGAGCAGGAUGGAGAUGAACCCGGGCCGCAGCGAUCUGUGGAGGGCUGGAUUCUCUUUGUGACUGGGGUCCAUGAAGAGGCCACCGAAGAAGACAUACAUGACAAGUUUGCGGAGUAUGGGGAAAUCAAGAAUAUUCACCUCAACCUGGACCGGCGCACGGGGUACCUCAAAGGGUAUACACUAGUUGAAUAUGAAACAUACAAGGAGGCUCAGGCUGCCAUGGAGGGACUCAAUGGCCAGGAUAUGAUGGGGCAACCCAUAAGUGUUGACUGGUGUUUUGUUCGGGGGCCACCCAAAGGCAAAAGGAGAGGUGGCCGAAGACGGAGCAGGAGUCCGGAUCGGAGACGUCGCUGACAGCACUGCUCAGAUGUCAUUCUCCAGAGAAUCAGUUUGCCUACAUCUAGCCUUGGAGGAAAUGGGGCUGGGAUGGGACUUUGACUUAAUCUCCCGCCUCCUUAAGUGUUUCUUUGGCAUUGUGAAUAAACAGUUUAGUUUUCUUUUCUA